AUGUCAAUACCGAACAACAAUAUAUUCAUAGCUUCUUCAAAUUCAAGUGGCAAUUCCAACCUUACACAGAAGAACUCGAAGAAGAAACGAAAUAGACUUUCAUUAAAUUGUUUCAAUUGCAAAACAAGAAAAAUAAAAUGUAAUAGACAACGUCCAUGUUUAUCAUGUAUUAAAAAGAAAUUAAAAUGUGAAUAUCAACGACAACAAUGGUUAGCAUCUCCUAAUAAUGAAAAUAAUGGUAUUUUUCAAAUUCAACAAUUGAAUUCACAUAAUGAAAAUAGUAAGAUCACUACAAGUCACGAAAUUUCGAAUGAAGAUAAGAAUUAUCAAAUACAACAACAACAACAACAACAGCAACAACAAACUAGUGAAUUAUCACAAAUACAAUUAUUGAAUGACAUAUUAAAAGAUUCUAUAAAAAAUCAAUUUCAUGGAAAUAGAAAUAGGGAUAGAAAUGGAAAUAUUGAAAAUAUUGAAUUAAAGAAAUAUAUAAUAACUGAUUUAUUUCAAUAUUUUAUUAAAUAUUAUUAUCAUAAAAAUUUUUUAAAAAAUUUAAAAUCAAAUUUAGGUUUAUCAGAUCGACCACAAGAAAUAUCAAAAUUUGAAUCAUUAUUACUUGAAUUUGAGAUUUAUAUUGAUGAGAAAUAUUCAAUUAUUAAUGAAUAUGAAAUUAAGAUGAAAUUUAAAGAUUAUAUUAAUAUGAAAAUGAUUUUAUAUAUGAUUUAUUUUUAUUAUUAUUUAUAUUAUGAAAAAAAGAAAAAACAAUUACAAUUACAAUUACAAUUACAACAAUCAUUAAGUUAUUCAUAUUUGAAAAAAAUCUUAGGAUCAUGUAUUAAUGAAUUUAUACCUUAUUUAUUUGAAUUAAUAAUUAAUCAAAAUCAUAACAAAUUAAAUGAUUUGCAGCAAACAUUGGGAGAUACAGAUAAACAUACAGAUAAAGAUCAUAUUGUUAAUCCCAUGAUUAUUAUUUUCAAAACUGUGAUACCAAAAGUUAUGAUGAUUAAUUUUGAAAUUUUGAUUAGAUUGAAUUCUAGUAUUUAUAAAUUACGAUAUUUAAAUCCUCAUCAUAAUGAAAAUUUACGAGAUGAUUUUGAAUAUCGAUUAAAAUUUGCCAAAUUAAAUAAAUUAACUCAAAUUUAUAAAAAAAUUCUUGAAAUUUCCUUAUUAAUAAUAGCAAUAAUAAUAAUAUUCAAAUUAAAUCAAAAAUAUGAUUAUCAACAGAAAAUCAAAGAAUCCUAUAAUAUUAAUUAUAUUCUUAAACAAGUGUUUACUGAUAAUACAAUACCAUCUAAUCAAACAGAGUAUUAUUAUAAUAAUUGUAUGUUUAAUGAAUUAUCAAAUGAUGAAAUAAAUGAAAUUACCAAAAUUUUGGAGGUUGGAUUAAAGAAAUAUACCGAAUUGAAAAAUAAAUUAGGAAUAAAUACAAAUUUUGAAGAUGAACAUGAAGAUGAACAUGAAGAUAAACAUGAACAUAAACAUGAAGAAUUUCAUGAAGCAAUGAGAAACCAUUGUUUAAUAGAAUUAACAUCAUUGAUCCCUGUUAGUAAUUCUUCAAACUUGCAACAACAACAAUCAUUAUCAUUUGAUGAUGAGGAACAAGAUUUUAAUAUAAUGAAUAAUAUGGAUAUUGAUAAAUUUUGGUCAUUAAUGGUACAAAUAAAGAAUAAGAAUAAGAAUAAUAUCAAUGAUGAAAGAAGUACAAAUACUAACUAG